AUGGCUCUGACAACCACAGCCACAGGCUCUGCUAAUCUCACCAACCCAAACCCCUUCCUCUCCCGUACCACCAUCACCCCUCCACCCACAAGCCCUCUCAAGCUCCUCAAUCUCCCCAAAAAGCCCAACCCCGCCACCAUCGUUGCCUCAUCAAUCUCCUCUUCCUCUUCUUCUUCUUCUUCUUCUUCUUCCACACUUUCAUCCGCCACUGGUCACCUUCUUGGGCCUCAAGAAUGGGCCUUGGACUCGUGGAAAUCCAAGCAGGCCCAUCAGCUGCCCGUUUACCCGGACUCUGAUGAGCUCCGAACCGUUUUGACCACCUUGGAGACGUUCCCGCCAAUCGUGUUCGCCGGAGAGGCGCGGCGGCUGGAGACGUGGCUGGGCAAGGCCGCAGUGGGAGAGGCCUUUUUGCUGCAGGGUGGAGACUGCGCUGAGAGCUUCAAGGAGUUCAAUGCCAAUAACAUCAGAGACACCUUCAGGGUCUUCUUGCAGAUGGCCAUCACUCUCAUUUACGGUGCUCAAAUGCCCGUCAUCAAGGUUGGAAGAAUGGCAGGCCAGUUUGCAAAGCCUAGGUCUGAACCAUUUGAGGUUAAAGAUGGUGUGAAACUCCCAAGUUAUCGGGGAGACAAUAUCAAUGGUGAUGCGUUUGAUGAGAAAUCCAGAACACCAGACCCACAAAGGUUACUCAGAGCAUACCUCCAAUCUGUUGGCACUCUGAAUCUCCUUAGAGCAUUUGCCACUGGUGGGUAUGCUGCCAUGCAGAGAGUCGCAGAUUGGAAGCUUGACUUCGUAGAGCAUAGUGAGCAAGGAAACAGGUACAAGGAACUUGCACAGAGAGUAGAUGAAGCUAUUGGAUUCCUUAAUGCUGCAGGGGCUACUGCUGACAAUCCGAUAAUGAAUACAGUUGAGUUUUGGGUAUCUCAUGAAUGCCUUCAUUUACAGUACGAGCAGGCCUUGACUAGAGAGGAUUCAACAACAGGCCACUAUUACGACUGUUCUGCACACAUGCUUUGGGUAGGCGAGAGGACUCGACAAUUGGAUGGAGCACAUGUUGAAUUCCUUCGGGGCGUAUCCAAUCCUCUUGGCAUUAAGGUGAGUGAUAAGAUGGAUCCAAAGGAGCUUGUGGAAUUGUGUGAAAUUCUCAACCCUCAUAACAAGCCUGGUAGGCUGACAAUAAUUACCAGGAUGGGAGCAGAUAAUAUGCGGAUAAAGCUCCCGCAUUUGAUCAGAGCUGUGCGUCAGGCAGGGCUUAUCGUCACAUGGGUCAGUGAUCCCAUGCACGGGAACACUAUAAAGGCUCCGUGUGGGCUGAAGACACGGCCAUUUGAUGCAAUCAGGGCUGAAUUAAGAGCUUUCUUUGACGUCCAUGAACAAGAAGGGAGCUAUCCUGGAGGAGUGCAUCUGGAGAUGACUGGGCAGAAUGUGACAGAGUGCAUUGGAGGGUCGAAGACUGUGACCGCCAAUGACUUGACCUCUCGCUAUCACACACAUUGUGACCCCAGGCUGAAUGCAUCCCAGUCACUUGAGCUGGCCUUUUUAAUAGCAGAUAGGUUGAGGAAAGACAGGUUAAGAUCUAAGAAUGAGUUUCAGAUCAAUAGUAGUUCUGCUGCGUAA